AUGCAACAAGCUGCAGGACGAUUUCCCAUCUCACGCCUCAUCACCCCACUCCACUCCUCAUUACCCCUCCUCGUCCCCUGUCCCCCCACCAGGUACAACAAGCUGCAGGACGAUUUUCCAUCUCUGCGCGAGUACAACGACUAUCUGGAGCACGUGGAGGAUAUAGUGUUCCGGUUGGUGGAAGGAAUCGAUGCGGCGGCAGCAGAGGCGGAGGUGAGGGCGUAUGAAGCGAACAACCGAGACAGCAUCGCAGCUGCCAGAGCCAAGCGGGCAGAGCGCCGAGCAGCCGAGCUGAGAGCAGCAGCACUGCCGCCCAAACCGGGGGAAUUGUCCGUUAUGGGGCUGAGAGCAGCAGCACUGCCGCCCAAACCGGGGGAAUCGUCCGUGUACCAACUGAUAGAGCAGCAGGAGAGGGACCAGUUGGAAAUGACAACUGAUUUCGCCUCAGCAGCAGCAGCAGGAGCAGGGGGCAUGGCAGCAGGAGCACGAGCAGGAGCAGGGGGCAUGGCAGCAGGAGCACGAGCAGGAGCAGGGGGCAUGGCAGCAGGAGCACGAGCAGGAGCAGGGGGCAUGGCAGCAGGAGCACGAGCAGGAGCAGGGGGCAUGGCAGCAGGAGCACGAGCAGGAGCAGGGGGCAUGGCAGCAGGAGCACGAGCAGGAGCAGGGGGCAUGGCAGCAGGAGCACGAGCAGGAGCAGGGGGCAUGGCAGCAGGAGCACGAGCAGGAGCAGGGGGCAUGGCAGCAGGAGCACGAGCAGUAGCAGGGGGCAUGGCAGCAGGAGCACGAGCAGGAGCAGGGGGCAUGGCAGCAGGAGCACGAGCAGGAGCAGGGGGCAUGGCAGCAGGAGCACGAGCAGGAGCAGGGGGCAUGGCAGCAGGAGCACGAGCAGGAGCAGGGGGCAUGGCAGCACGAGGGGCCUUCCCUCCCCUUUCUCACCUCAUCCCUUUCUCCUCCCCAUUCUUUCCCCUCUUCCCCCUCCCUUUCUCUGCAGAUAGAGCAGCAGGAGAGGGACCAAUUGGAAAUGGCAACUGA